CGAAAAGCAAGAUACCGAGCAUUUACAAACUCUAAUUUGAACAUUAUAAUAUAUUAAAAGCACAUUUCUAGUUUAAACACAGUUAAAUACAGAUUCCAAUUAGUUUUUAAAAGUUUAUAGCUGCAGUUUUCGAUCGAAGCUCGCCCGAUUAAAAUGUCUUCUACAUUCGCGCCACAGCGCGGUCCAAAACCACCGCCGGAUCCCAAAACAAUCCAACGAAUUUUGGACGAAAACGGCCAUUUAAUCCAAGUCAUCCAAGAGCACCAAAGCAAAGGCAAAGCCCAAGAGGUGAUGCAAAUGCAAACUACGUUGCACAGAAAUUUAGUGUACUUGGCUACAGUUGCUGACUCAGCGCACAAUAUGAAUUCGCUCUUGCCGAUGAUCCAACCACCAGGCCCUGCACCGGCUCAGCCGCCCAAUCACAAUCCUCCGCCUCCGAGCGACCAGCAGCACAACGUGAACAAUUACAAUCCCCAGCAGCAGCCCCCUGCUCCUCCACCGGGCGGAUUUAGACAACAACCGGGACCCCCGCAACGUCCCGGAGGCCCGCCGGGUCCUCCGCAUCCUUAUCCACAACGAGGAUAUCCGCAGGGACAGUACCAGAAUCAAUAUCCGCCUAAUCAAGGGCCCAAUUAUCCCCCUCAAGGGUACGCCCCGCCGCCCAAUCAACCGCCCGGCUAUCCUCCGAAUCCUCCGCCUCCGGCCAAUUACGGGCAACCUCCUACGACGGCUCCGCAGCCCCACAGUAAUUACCAACCUCAAGGGGCGUACCCGCAACAGCAACAACCGCCUACGGCUCAACAACAGCAACAACAAGGCCAGCAGGGCGGCCAGCAACAACAGUGCCCGACGUCCACCAAUUACGCCGCCCCCACCAGCGGUCAGAACCAGCAGAGCGGCGGCGGCGGCGGCGGCGGUCAAUAUCCCGGCAAUCAGUACCAGUACACGUACGCUCAGGGAUACGGGAAUCCCCAAUCACAAAAUCCGAAUCAAUGUUACGGUAAUCAACCGAACACCGCUCACAGCCCUACACCGACGUGCGGUACUCCUGCUCCCGUAUCGCAAACUUACACCCAAGGAGGAACAUAUCCGCCGAACUCGUCUGGCUCCAGUAGCAAUUUUACAGCACCGCAAAACUACCAAGGGCCUAAUCAGUGCUCUACAUCUCCAACUAAUUACGCAUAUCAACCGCCGCAAACGGGAGCGGGAGCGUAUCCAUCUCAACAAUACAGUCAACAGCAAUACUAUCGACCGCCUCCAGCUCAAGGUCCACCGGGUCCUCCUGGACCGCCUGCACCGCCAGGACCUCCACAAGGUGGAUAUGCUUACAAUUAUCCACCUCAACCUAAUCCUCAGUAAUGCUCGAACAAAAAUUCGACAUUUAUUAAGUAAAUUAAUCAAUUUCAAUUUAAAUUAUUGACAUGUUUGAUCGAUGUAUUUUUUUAUAUUAAUUAGGGUUAAUAUUUUAAUAUGUGGAAAAUUUCGUUUUCAAUUCAAGUCUCUUACAGAGUUGGGUCAAGUACUUACUUUUUUAUUGUAUUUCAUUUUUUUGGUACGUGUUGACUUUUAGCUCUUGGGUACUUUAUCCAGCUCAAAAUUCUAAUUGGCUAUCUUCUAAUUAAAAAUCGGUGUCAUUUAGCUCUGAUGCAUUUGUUGCAUGACAAAAGAAUCAGGUAAAUAAGUGUCCAAACGUUGUAUUAAUAAUUGUAAUUACAGACCUAAAUUAA